AUGCUGUAUAGGCGAGUUUUAACCCAUGCCCCUCGCGGGGUUUUUGCGCGGGCUCGGUGGCAAAGCACCAGCUCCAUUCCCUCAAGGGCGACCACGACCGAGAUCCCCCCACAUAAUACCCCCAGACUCACAGCUCUGAAAACCGCGAAGCCUUUCUCCGAUUUCCUCACCGAUACCUUCAACCGCCAGCAUGACUACCUCCGAAUCAGUGUCACCGAACGGUGUAACCUCCGAUGCUUAUAUUGCAUGCCUGAAGAGGGCGUCGAGCUCUCUCCUCCAGCACGAUUGUUGACGUCGCCGGAAAUUGUCUACCUGUCAUCAUUAUUCGUCUCCCAAGGCGUUACAAAAAUUCGGUUGACUGGUGGCGAACCUACCGUACGGAAGGACAUCGUUCCUCUAAUGCAGAGGAUUGGCCAGCUGCGAGAGAACGGGCUCCGAGAACUGUGUUUGACUACCAACGGGAUUUCCUUACAUCGAAAGCUUGAUCCUAUGGUGGAAGCAGGUCUCACAGGCGUGAAUUUGAGUCUUGACACGCUCGAUCCUUUCCAGUUCCAGAUCAUGACACGACGGAAGGGAUUCGAUGCUGUGAUGAAAAGCAUCGAUCGGAUUCUGGAAAUGAAUAAACUCGGUGCUGGAAUCAAAUUGAAGAUCAAUUGCGUGGUUAUGCGCGGCAUGAACGAUCGCGAGAUUCUACCGUUCGUCGAGCUCGGCCGCGAGUUGCCUAUCGAGGUGCGGUUCAUCGAGUAUAUGCCGUUUGAUGGAAAUAAGUGGAAUAAAGGGAAGAUGUUCUCUUAUGAAGAGAUGCUGGCAGUCAUCCGUGAAAAGUAUCCAUCGUUGGAGAAAGUUGUCGGCCACAAAAAUGAUACCAGUAAGACCUAUAAGGUCCCUGGCUUUGAAGGUCGCGUCGGCUUCAUCACCAGCAUGACGCACAACUUUUGUGGGACCUGUAACAGGCUGCGCAUCACUGGCGACGGUAAUUUGAAAGUUUGUCUCUUCGGGAACACCGAGGUCUCUCUGCGGGAUAUCAUUCGCAAGGAAAAUGACGGACAGCCCAUCGACGAAGACGCAUUAAAAGAGCUCCGUCUGCUCGAAACAGUGCAGGAAGCGGCUCGUCUCAGUGACGAGGGAGGCUUGAUUCCUGAGCGGGAACGCGAGCUUUUGGAUAUCAUUGGUUUGGCUGUGAAGCGCAAGAAGGAAAAGCACGCCGGGAUGGGCGAACUUGAGAAUAUGAAGAACAGGCCCAUGAUUCUUAUUGAUAGUAAAAAAUACCCAUGGCCGUUCUCCAGUUCACGAGCAACAUCAAGAGUUCCUUUGCAUCUUCUUUCUUCAUCAGGGCUGUCCCAGGCUCGCCUUUACCACACCGGACGACCUAGCACACAAACCGAAGAAGCCAAGCCACAAAAAGAAACCAAACCCACCCCUCGAUCUCUACCCAAUAUUUCAGACUCUGAACUCCCACAUCUCACCCCUUCUCAAACCGUGCACAUGACACAAAUCACUGAGAAACCAGAAACGAAACGACUAGCCACCGCCGCAUGCACAGUCUCCUUCUCGAACCAAAAGCCAUGGCAAAUCCUACGAAAAGGCGAAGGCACACACAAAGGCGACGUGUAUAGCGUCGCCCGCAUUGCAGGUAUCAUGGCGGCGAAACGAACACCAGAUAUCGUCCCGUUGUGCCAUCCCGGAAUUGGUAUUACGGGCGUGGAGGUUAGUGUGGAGCUUGUUGCACCUGAAGCACAUGAUACGCAGGAUCAUGGUGCCAUGCAGAUCGUCGCUACGGUCAGCUGUUUUGGUCGUACUGGAGUGGAGAUGGAGGCUAUGACGGCUACUAUGGGUGCUGCGUUGACUGUUUAUGAUAUGCUUAAGGCUGUGGAUAAGGGGAUGAUUAUUGGGGCUGUACGGUUAAUAGAGAAACAAGGUGGUAAAAGUGGGCAUUGGAUUCGAGAGGAGUGA